ACUGCAGCAGCAGCAGCAGCAGGUGGUAGAGGAGCUUCCGUGCCUCUCCCGCUUGUCGCUGCGUACAGGCGGGCGGAAAAGAAGAUGCCGCUGGGACUGAGGGGCAAGAAGAAGAAAGGCAAGUCCAAGGAGACGUCCACGCUGGUGGAAGGCGAGGCGCCCUUAGCGCGAGGGCGAGGCGACGAGGGCGACGACGACGUGGUGGGUGCUCGGGCCGGAGCCGCAGCCGCCCCGGCGCGUCAGGGCCCCAUCCGGCUGGUCUUUCACACGCAGCUGGCGCACGGCAGCCCCACCGGGCGCGUGGAGGGCUUCGGCAGCGUGAGGGAGCUUUACGCCAAGAUAGCGGACGCGUUCCACAUUGCCCCGGCGGAGAUCAUGUUUUGCACUUUGAAUACACACAAAAUUGAUAUGGACAAGCUCUUAGGAGUGCAGAUUGGUCUUGAAGACUUCAUAUUUGCUCAUGUAAAAGGAAUAAAAAAGGAAGUGGAGGUUUUCAAAUCGGAAGAGUCACUUGGACUUACCAUUACUGACAAUGGAAAUGGAUGUGCCUUCAUAAAGAGAAUUAAAGCUGGAAGUCUUAUUGACCAAAUAAAAGUGAUAUGUGUUGGUGACCACAUAGAAUCUAUAAAUGGAAAAAGCGUAGUGGGCUAUCGUCAUUACGAAGUUGCUAAGAAUUUAAAGGACUUGGAGAAGGGUCAGACAUUUACACUAAAAUUGAUAGAGCCUAUGAAAUCAUUUGACAUGAUUGAACCAAGGUCAAAAGGUGCAACUCUGGCUGAGGGAAAAAUAGCCAGAGGGAGAGAGACUCUUCGACUGCGAUCCAAAGGCCCUGCUACAGUGGAAGAAAUGCCUUCAGAUGUUGAAGAAAAAGCUACUAAAAAAGUGGAUGACCUUCUUGAAAUGUACAUGGGAAUAAGAGACCUUGAACUAGCUGCAACAAUGGUAGAAGCUGGAAAAGGCAAGAACAACCCAGAUGAGUUUGCAGUUGCACUUGAUGAAGCUUUAGGCGACUUUGCAUUUCCAGAUGAAUUUGUCUUCGAUGUGUGGGGAGCCAUAGGUGAUGCAAUGCAAGGACGAUUUUAAUGAGAAUCAGACAAGUUCAUUAAAGCAUAGUGUCAACCAUCUGGAGAUAGAAAACAUACAGCCGUAUAAAUGGCAUGGGAUAUGUAACAUAUUUGCUAAGUAGAAACAUUUGAAUAAUCAGAAGCUUGGAUAAAUAAAGAUAUUGUUUGACAUGUCAUACAAAUGUCUUUCAAAAUGAAGAUGAGUUCAAAACUGUAGUCUAGCAAAACUUUUAGCCUGAUACAGCAUUUAAUUUGAAAUGCUCACUUGAAAUCUUUGCAAAACAGUAUUCUUUGGGUACUUUGCAUAUUUAUUUUUCUAAAUUAACGCAGGUAUCGUUCAAGAGGUCAUGGUGACAAUCCCAUGAAAAUUUAUUGUGUUUCAAAUCACAAAAGAAAUAUUGCUAGGAGCUGCUGAAGCCAAGCAAAAUUUUAAAUGAAGAAAUAUAUUGAUUCCCCACACCUGCCUUUUCAGCAUCCUCCCCCAUGUACCCCAGUGGAUAUGGUGUUUUAUUUCUAGCACUUCUUUCCUUAAGACAGUACUUUAUGGUAGGGAUUGUGUGAGGUUAGGGGAAGACCAUAGUUUAAAGGAGAGGUCACAGAUCGCCAGGGGAGGGUACAUGCAUUGAUCAUACUAAGUCCUGGGUCCAGUCCCCGUUAAAGGAUCUUGGGAGGGGCUGGAGAUGUCAGAAACACUGAAAGCUGCUCCCAAUUAGAGUAGAUAGCAGGUAGAUGGACUAUUAGUUUGACUCAGUAUAAAGCAACAUCUCAUUUUUAAUUUUUUAUGUUAUUGUACAGCAGUCAGAGUAAUUCUUAACCAUGUUUUAUGGUGGUGGUGUUAUGAAUAAGAGGCAGGAUCUACACUACUGCUUUAAAACGGUUUAUAACAGUUUUGAUAACUGUUGGAGCCCAGGACACACUCCAGAUACAGUUUUAAAAACAUUUUCAAAGUGUUUUAUCUUGCUUGGUGUAGACCUGGCCAGAGUCAUGGAACUUUGGCACUUUUUACAAGAUAGUCUAAAAGAGUUUUGGCAUUUCCCAGUACUGCAAAUCAAAAAAAGAAAAAAAUGAAGGAUAAAAUGAACCUUCAAUUUUAAAAUUUCUUCUGGUUUCUCUUUUUGUAUCAAUGACAUUCCAACUGAUACAUUCCAGACUAAAGAACAUUUUUAGUGUCACUUAGGGCACUAAAAUCCUUCCUCACUGGUACUGCUGAGACGAAUAUAUUUCCAGAGUGUUUUGUACUAAUAAACACUUGGUGUAGAAAAUCCCUAAACUUAAAUCAUCUUUUCCUAUUGCCUAUUAUAAACUCUCAGAAAAGUGAUUAAAAACAACACCUCUUAUGCAAUCUCUAGCUUCACAGAUCUUUUCGCUCCUUUUGUAAGAAUUGCUACUAAACUAAACUACACAUACCUGAGCCAGGUAAAAUAUAUUCCACCACAAACUGUUCAUGAAAAUUUAGCAAAAGCAUAAGUUUUAUUCUGAUGAGUUUUACUGGGAAAUCUCUUAGGGUUUCUCAGUAGGUAACUUUUGAUUAUUAUAGUCCCAUUAUUGUAUGACAAUAUGUUGGUCACUUAAAAAAAAAGCAGAAGUAAUUUGUAAAUAUUCAUAUAUUGAUGUCACAAAAACAGUGUAAAUGUGCUUAAGUUUUAACAUUUGAUUUUUUUUAAAAAAUGCAAUUUUUGUAAAUCUUGAAAUACUGAGGAAUUGCUAAUGUGCCAAUGAUUUAAGAAGAGAGAGGGAAAUUAGAUUAAUGGGACAAGUUCAAUUGCUUAGCUUUCAUUGGAAUGCAUCUCUUUGAACUACAUAUAUUCUCUUCAUUAGACAGAAUGGAGAGGUGGACAAUUCUUAGCAAUAUAUAGAAAAGAGUAUUUACUAAUAAAGGCUGUUUAGUCACUUCAAAGAUGAAUCUAAAAAUAAAAUUCUGUGACUAAUGCACCAGCUACUUGAAAUUAUUUUAAAAUAUACUGGAAGUGGAGACUCAGGCCAUGGCUAGACCAGGCCUAUAUCCUAGGAUUGUCCCAGGAUCAUCCCUGUGCAUCCAAAUGACACACAGGGGAUCCCAGGAGCAGGCAGGGGCGACCCCUCCAUUUGCCUGGGAGUGGGAUAAUCCUUUGGUCUAGCUAAGGCCUUAGAUUUUUCACCACUUUACUUUGGAACUCUCAAGCUGAUAGCGUCCUUGAACUGAGGUGAAUUUAAUCUGACCUUGGCACCAUAGAAAACUACAGAACUGUGCUGCCGGAAAAAAAACCAGGGUCUCAGGACCAGGUAUAUAAAUUAAUACAUACAUACAGGUUAUGUAUGAAACAUCCUUGAUGCUUCAUGGAUGGGAAAGGCGCUGAGAUAUUUUAUAGUAGGAAAAUAAGUUGCAUCGUAAUCGAGACAUGUUUCUUAAUUAUAUGUGUAUCCUUAACAUACUUCUGUAAAAUCUGUGGACUGGUUCCACAUCACUUGAACCCACUAUGUUAGCCAAGAGAACAUGCAGGUUUGCCAGAGCAACAUGCAGGCUCUCAGCUGGGCUACCUUAUAUAAAGAUGCCUUUUGUGUACAUCUUGGCUGUUGAAGUUACUAUAAAGGCAGUAGCUCUUGAAAGUGGAAUACUGGAAUUACUUGUCCAAUAUGCCUUUUAUCACAGUAGAGUAUUUAUAAUAGGGAAGGUCAUCUGUUUUAAUUUGAUUUAGAUGUUCCUGGUGAUUCUGUAUAAGAAAUCAAACGAUUUCUUUUUGGUCUGUAGCUCUCCUAAUUGGCUCCAUGCCACAGCAUGGUGGAGAAAGUAAUUUGAUUACACUUUAAAAACUGGAAUAUGUCAAUGCAAAAUUACAGUUCAAUAGAUCUGACACAAGGGGAAGGCUAGAAACCUAAUAUGCUAUUUAAAUAAUUGUGAUUGAAAAUAAUUGGAAUUAAAGUUGGUGGCAUUUCUUUUUAGAGCAUCUGAUUAUAUGGAUAAGUGCUGCCAACUUUAAUUUCAAUCUCUCUCCCUCAUAUGUAUACUUAGUUUGCAAUAUAUUGUGCUACACUUUAAAUUCAGAUAAUUAAUCCUGAAACAAUAUUAAAACUACUAUUUCAUUCUGUUAAUAAUUUUUGAUUCGUUUUGUGUGAUUUUGAGUUAUAUGAUGUUGGAUUAAGUUUUGUUUUCCGUAUUUUCUGCCAUCUGGGUUGUGUUUUAUGCAGUCCAGAAAGAUUAUUAGAGCCACGCAUAACAAUUCACAAACACUAAUGUUUAAGCCAAAUGUGUCACGAAAGGCAAACUUAAAAUAGUUUGAACUUAUUUGUGAAAAUGUUGUAUCUUUACAAUGUUCUUUUGUAUUUGGUUGC